AUGAUAAACUCCACGCCGAGCGAGCCAUCCGAAGCCGAAGAAGAAGAAGAGUACGACGACGAAGCGGAGUCGUCCGAAAGCGAAGGGAAAGGCAAGUCAAAAGACCAAUCUUUUGAAUUAAGAGAGUCAGUCGUCGGUUCUUUCCUGGACGACACUUACAUUGGACAGCCGCAUAAUGAAGUAGCAGAAAGCGAGCAACCGACGCCAAGACGUGCUCCGUCCCCCGAUCUCCGACACGUGACGCAACGAGAACGGAGAAGCUCCGACCAAUUCGGAAAGUUUCCCUGGGGAAAUUACGACCGAACAAAAAUGUCGAGCCCAAUCACUCCGAAACAAGGAAAGAGCUCGUAUCAGUCAGCCCAGGUAACGACUCCUGUCACAAAAAGUCCAAUUAAGGGAGCCCGAACAAUGAAAGCAAGGAGCCCUAGUCCGAUUCCAGUUCGUCAGAAAACGCCGACGCCUCCAAUGAUUCAAACGUUGCCAGUUUCCCCGCCAAACGUGCCCUCAUCAAGCUCCAGUUCGGCACUGACAUCGGCACCAACAAGUACCGCGACAUCCGUGAACCCGAUUUCGUCAACGACAUCGAUUUCGACAAGUACUUUUAUACCGACUUCUUCAGUGUCGACUUCCUCUCCGACAGUGGCCUCUCCACAAAGUUCAACAACGACAGGAGCGACAACUAA